AUGUCAAAACUAACAAUUUUAACCUUCGCCGCCAUUAUAACUGUUAGCUAUGGUGUCGAGCUCAGCAAUUACGAUAUAAGUCGAAACAGGAUAAACGGAGCCCGUUUCGGUAUAAGAGAGAUUUGGGAAUAUUUAUUAGGAGGUGGCUACUCACAAUACCCCUAUGGACAUUACCCAGGCCAGUACCCUGGAGGCUCGGGAGUGUAUCCUGGACAGUAUCCUGGGCAAUACAACGAUAAUUAUGGAGGACAGUACGGAGGGUAUAAACCAGGGUUAGAGGGCCCCCCAGGAGCUCAUCCUGGCUGCCCGCUCUGUGACUCAUCGGUAUACAGCUACUGUUAUCAUAAACAAGCACAUGAUUCCUGCUGUUGUGAGAAUUCUGGAUAUCUGCCAUUCUCGUGCCGCAAAGCUAACUGCAAGUUCCUGUACGCGAACUCUUGCGAGGAAUACCAUUUAAUAACAAACUGCUGCUGCGUUGAUUUACAGAAGAGCGCUGUGAUUCCAGGUGUAGUCGCCGCACCUAUCGCGCCUCUCGUAGUUUAAAGUAUAGUUUAGUCGUAAGAUUUGUACACUUUUCAUUCUACGAGGCUUACCGUGAGUUUUUAAACACCCGAAAUUUCGGCGAAGCUAUAGACGCCAUGAUCACGGAUGACUGAAUAUGAAACAUUGGGAGUUAUAAAAUAAAAAUCAUGGUAAGCCACGUAGAAUAAAAUGUAUAAUUUGUAGCUUAAACUACUACAAAGAGGUGUACAAUGAUGUGAGUUUUACUGAUUAAUUGCUAUUUCUAGGUUGCUAUAAGAGAUUACGUGAUUUUCACCACUUGCAUAUUGCAGUAAUGCAGCAGGUUGAUCUCAAUUGAUUCAAUGUCAUUAACACCGAUCAAAUUAGGUACUAGAUUAUUUUUCAAAAACGUUAUGUAUCGUCGAUAUUGAGACUAACAAAAUUGACGUAUUUAUUGAUCUUUAGAAUAAAAUUGAAUUUAAGUUAAAAUAAGUUACUUUACGACUUUAAAAAAAGUAAGUGUGUCAGCUCCGACGCACGACUGGAGUUUACUCCUUCAGAUUGACUGUCUAAAUAAGCACAAAAAAGAUUUACUAGUCUAAGUAAAAGCACACAAAUUAAUACCACAUCAAAUGCUAAAAAAACGAAUUAAAUAACGCCAUCUAUCGGAACGUAAUAGUGUUCUGAUAGAUGGCGUUACGAGAAACUUAAGAAGGUCAUUUGUUCAGGAAAUUUUACUCCUCAUAUUUUUUUUCAUACCGGGGCCUUAUAGGAAAGUCGAUUCUUAAGGAUUAAACUCGAAUAAACUCCAAAAAGAUUUAUUUCGUCAUUUCACAAUAGAAUAUUAUUUAUUAUUUACAUAAUUAAAUGUAAUUGUUAUGCCAUUAACAAUCAUUAUUUUUUCCUUAGUACUUAUUCUUUAUUUUAAUUUGAAAAAAAAAAUCUAUACUCAAUUUAUUUUUAAGUACUUGAGCAAAUAGCAAUAAGUUCUUUAAUGUAUUAAUUAGAAAUGAUACUCAAAUAAACUAAGUACAAUCA